AUGUUCAUGAGUAACAAAUGUCCUUCAUUUGAGAGCAUAAAGCUCGCAUUCCUCAUACUUUUUGCAAUUUCAUUUUGUUUCUCUUUGAUCUUUUUGCUAGUCAUCACCUUUGUCCCCUCUAAUGUAAAGUUCUACAUAAGUGAUGCUUCCCUCACAAAGUUCAAAGUCAUAAGCAACAACACAUUGGAUUUCAAAUUCGAAGCCAACAUCACAUCAAGAAAUCCCAACAAGAACGUUGAAAUAUACUAUCUGACGAUCACCGCGAUUGCAUUGUACAAAGAUUAUAACUUUGCUACGGUGAAUUUGUCAUCUUUUAAUCAAGGCCACAAGAAUACCACUUUUAUUAAUUUAGUGUUUGAAGGGAAGAGUGUACUAAAAGAUAAACAAUUAUUUGAGUAUAAUGAAGAGUCGCGUUUAGGGAUCUAUAAUGAUUUCGCUAUUGAUUUGGAUCUUUUAGUCAUGUAUAAGUUUGGAAUUUACAAGACUUGGCCAUAUAAUCCACCAUUUGUGAAAUGUCGUCGAUUAAGUCUUUCUUUGAUUUCUAAUAGUAACUCAUCACCACCUUCUUUUCAUGUUACAAAAUGUAUAACCGGCUAUUUCUUUGGUAAUCGAUGA